GGGCAAAGUAGAAGACGAGCAAACUUACCGGCUCGAAGUUGCCUACUACCAGCACUUGUUUGCGAUUGUAAUCCUUCCGAAUUCAACGAAGGUUUCAGACGUGAACGCGUAAACUUAUUGCUUCGACAGCGGGGAGUGCAUUCGUCUGAAAGUUACGUAAAAUGGCACCUAAAGGAGCCACAGUUGAGCAGCUUGAGUCUCAGACUGCAAAGCUGAAACUGGAGAAUACUACUAAGCGUGAUACUCUUAUUGACUGGGAAAACAAGUACCAAAAGAAAUGGGAAGAUGAGCACAUUUUUGAGGUGAAUGCUCCUUUGGAGGAUAUGUCCAUGGAUGAACUUCGUGAAAAGUACCCCAAAUUUUUCGGAAACAUGCCUUAUCCCUACAUGAACGGUGCUCUUCAUCUUGGUCACGCUUUCACUUUGACCAAGGUCGAGUUCACCACCGCUUAUGAGCGUCUUAAGGGCAAGCGCACCUUGUUCCCCAUGGGUUUCCACUGCACCGGUAUGCCCAUUUGUGCCAGUGCUGACCGUUUGGCCCGCGAAAUUGAGUUGUUCGGUAAGAACUUUGAGCUUCCCGCUGAGGAGGAGGAGGCCACUGCUACUCCUGAGCAAAAGAAGUCCCCCGUUGCCCACGAGGACGUGACCAAGCAUGGUGGUAAGAAGAGUAAGCUUGCUGCUAAGACUGCUGCCGUCAAGUACCAAUUCCAGAUCAUGCAGUCUUUGGGCAUUCCUCGUGAAGAGAUUCACAAGUUUGCCGACGCUAAGUACUGGCUUGAGUACUUCCCUCCUUUGUGCCGUCAAGACUGUACUAAUUUCGGUUUGGGUAUUGACUGGCGCCGUUCCUUCAUCACAACUGACGCCAACCCUUACUACGACUCGUUUGUUCGCUGGCAAGUGAACAAGCUUCACGACUCGGGUAAGAUCAAGUUCGGUGAACGUUACACCAUCUACUCUGAGAAGGAUGGUCAACCCUGUAUGGACCAUGACCGUAAGAGCGGUGAGGGUAUCGGUCCCCAAGAGUACACUGGCAUCAAAAUGGAGGUCUGCGAGUUCCCCGAGGCCGCCAAGACUGACUUGGCUUCUGUCGACUUGAACGGAAAGAAGGUCUUCAUGGUUGCUGCUACUUUGCGUCCCGAGACCAUGUACGGUCAAACGAACUGCUACGUUGGUCCCAGCCUUACUUACGGCUUGUAUGCUUCUAAUAUUCCCGAUGAGUAUUUCAUCUGCACUCCUCGUGCCGCCAAGAACAUGGCCUUCCAAAAGCUCUCUGCCGAGCGCGGUGUUGUCACCGAGCUUGCCCAAUUGAAGGGUGAGCAUUUGGUUGGUGCCUUGGUCAAGGCUCCCUACUCUGUGUACGACAAGGUUCGUGUUCUUCCCAUGGAGACCGUGUUGGCCACCAAGGGCACUGGUGUUGUUACCUCUGUUCCCAGUGACUCUCCCGAUGAUUAUGCAACUCUUGCCGAUCUUCGUAAGAAGUGUGAAUACUACCACUUGAACCCCGAGUGGUUGAAGAACGACCCUGUUGCCAUCAUCGAGACCAAGGCUUACGGAAAGAUGUGUGCCGAAACUCUUUGCCAGAAACUCAAGAUUCAAAGUCCUAAGGAUGUUAAGCAAUUGGCCCAAGCUAAGGAGCUUGCCUACAAGGAAUGCUUCUACCAAGGUGUUAUGAUCAUUGGUGAGUUCAGUGGUGACAAGGUCGAGGUUGCCAAGCCUAAGAUUCGUGCCGAUCUCAUUGCCAAGGGUCUUGCGUUCGCUUACAAUGAACCCGAGGGUCAAGUCAUUAGUCGUAGUGGCGAUGAGUGUGUUGUCGCACUUUGCGAUCAAUGGUUCUUGGACUACGGUGAGAAGAGCUGGAAGGAGCUUACUCUCAAGGCUCUUGACCGCUUGAACACCUUCUCUCCUGAGGUGCGUAACGGUUUCAGAAAGACCUUGGACUGGCUUUCUCAAUGGGCCUGUGCUCGUUCUUACGGUUUGGGUACUCGUCUUCCCUGGGAUCCUCAAUUCCUUGUUGAGAGUUUGACUGACUCUACUAUUUACAUGGCCUAUUACACCAUUGCUCACUUGUUGCAAGGCAACCCCUACGGUAGUGCUCCCGGUCUCUUGAACAUCAAGCCCGAGCAAAUGACUCCUGCCGUUUGGGAUUACGUCUUCUGCCAGAAGGCUAAGCCCACUGAUUCCACUAUUCCCGAUGAGGCCUUGGAGCGCCUUGCACGUGAAUUCCAAUACUUCUAUCCCUUUGACAUUCGUGUCUCCGGUAAGGAUCUUGUGCCUAACCAUCUUACCUUCUGUCUGUACACUCAUGCUGCCAUCUUUGAUGAGAAGUUCUGGCCCAAGGGUAUCCGUGCCAACGGUCACUUGCUCAUGAAUGGUGAGAAGAUGUCGAAGUCUACCGGUAACUUCAUGACUUUGCAUGAGGCUUGCAAGAAGUAUGGUUCUGAUGCUACCCGUGUUGCUCUCGCUGACGCUGGUGACACUGUUGACGACGCCAACUUUGAGGAGGCUACAGCAAAUGCUGCUAUUCUUCGUCUUUACACUCAAGAGGCUUGGUCUCGCGAGAUGGUUGAGAAGAAGGAUACUCUUCGUGACGGACCUUACAACUUCCAUGACACUGUUUUCGACAACGAGCUCAACCAAAUCAUCGAGCUUACCGAUGCUGCCUACAGUGUUACUGCCUUCAAGACUGCUUUGAAGCACGGUUUCUAUGACCUCCAAAACGCUCGUGACUGGUACCGUGAGGUUACCGCUGACAAGCAAAUGCACCGCGAUCUUGUCCGUCGCUUCAUGGAAGUUCAGACCUUGUUGAUUGCUCCUAUCGUUCCUCACUGGAGUGAGCACAUCUGGAGCGCUGUCCUCGGUAACUCUGGCAGUGUUCGUCUUGCUCGUUUCCCCGAGCUCACCCAUCCCGUCAACACUAUGCUUACCAACUCUCUUGCUUACGUCCGCAACUUGACUCGUGUUAUUCGUGAAGCAGAGGCUGCUCAACUGAAGCGUCAAAAGAAGGGCAAGGGCAUGCUUUUCGACCCCAGCAAGCCUCGUCGCUUGACUGUUUACGUUGCUGAGAAGUUCCCUGAAUGGCAAGCUCAGUAUGUUAAGCUUAUGCAACAACAUUACAACGAGAAGGAGAACAAGUUUGCCGAUAAGGCUAUCAUCGCUGGUGUGGAGAAGAAGGAGAUGAAGCGUGCCAUGCCCUUCAUUCAACAGUUCAAGCAGACCCUCUUGAACCGUAGUGAGCAUGUUACCGCUGAGUCUCUCUUCAGCCGCGAAUUGGGCUUCAAUGAGUUGACUGUCUUGAACGAGGUCAAGCCCUACUUGUUGCGCAGCGUUGGUAUCAAGGAGCUGCGUGUUGUUCUCUUGAAGACUCCUGCUGACAAUGCCACCCAAUUCACCGGUGUUGUCGAGUCCGGCGAACAAGCUGGUGAGACUAUUGAUGUUGCUGCUAACUUCGCCAAUGCUCUUCCCGGUCAACCUACGUUCUUGUUCGAGAAUGUUUCUGCCUAGGCUUAAAAACACCUGGCUGGUUACUCCCACUUAAAAUAAAGCAUCAAGGACGUUAGGCAUGUGCAAAAUUACUUGUUUCCCGUACAAACAAUAGAUAUCUUUUGGAUUAUAGCUAGAAUGAAAAUGAAUGUACAAUCAAUUGCGGGAUGGACGGCCGUAACAGGUGUACUACAGAAUUAAACUUGCUAUAUAUUACAUAUAGAGAUACAUUUUGUAAACUAC